GACUCGCACUUCUCAUGGUCUACUAGCGACGAUUCCGCAUAGAAUUUUGGCUAAGUGGAAUGCAUGGCGGAACGAUUUCCCGUGAACAGCUCGUGCUUGCGGCUUGUUUCUCACUGUUCAACAUUUACUUCGCCAGCAUGGUGAAUAUAUAUCCACUCGUGGGUGCUCGAUACGUUACGGCAUGGAUUAACCAAAAAUAUUCACUUCAUUAUCAAACUUCCAUUCCUCGUCCAAUGCUUCAAGGUGACCGGUCGUCCCAAAGACCCAAGCAUGGGCGCCUUCCAACGUUUAUCGCCAGCCAUCUAUAAUGCAGUUAGCAUUAGUUAGUGGCUGAGAUCCGUUAACCGCGUAGCAUUUUCACUUCGCGCUUGUGAGCUAUACAAACUUCUAUAUCCCUGCUUGCUUUCCCAUGCACAUCAGCUUGUCCUAAGCUCUGCUUGGUAUAUCCGAACCUCUUCAACUCAUUCUGCAAUUUACCGCAUCCAACUCAAGCAAAAAAGCAAACCGAACAACCAUGUCAACUGAACCACGAACCAUCAAGGCUUACGCCUGCUUCGGUAAGAAGGAAGAGGUCAAGCCAUGGGAAUACAAGUCCCGUCCACUGGGCCCUGGAGACGUGGAAGUCAAGAUCUCACACUGUGGCAUCUGUGGCUCCGAUCUGCACACCAUGGACAGCGGCUGGGGUCCAUCGAUCUACCCGUGCGUCGUGGGUCAUGAAAUCAUUGGCGAGAUCACUCUGGCUGGAGACGAAGUCAAGGGCAUGAAGGUCGGCGACCGUGUGGGCGUCGGUGCCCAAGUGUUCGCGUGUCUGAACAAGGACCCCGCGUCACCGUGCAAACUGUGCUCCGCUGGUGACGACGCCUACUGCCCCCACAGAGUGUGGACGUACAGCGACAGAUACGCUGACAAGACCGUGACUUAUGGCGGCUAUGCCGAAUACAUCCGCGUCAUGCAUGAGUACGCCUUCAAGAUCCCGGACAACAUCCCAUCAGAUGUCGCGGCACCACUGCUGUGUGCCGGUGCGACGGUGUUCCGACCGCUGAAGGAGGCCGGCGUGAAGCCCGGUAAGCGUGUCGGUAUUGUGGGCAUUGGCGGCUUGGGCCAUUUGGCGAUUCAGUUCGCCAAGGCCAUGGGAGCUGACGCUGUCGUGGCCUUCUCUCGCUCACCGAACAAGGAGAAGGAAGUGCGCGACUUGGGUGCGACGGAUUUCGUCAACUACACGGACGAGAAGCAAGCCACUGCGGCGGAAAAGACGAUCGAUGUGUUGCUCGUCUGCGCCAAUGCCGACAACAUGCCGUACACGCUGUUCCUGAGCUUCUUGGCGGUCCGUGGCUCGCUCAUCAUGGUGGGUCUUCCCAAUGACGACGUCAAGUUCAGCGCCUUCGGUGUGGUCGCAAAGGGGGCGAACUUCGGUGGUAGCAACAUCGGCAGCAUCAAGGACAUCAAGGAUAUGCUCGAAGUGGCAUCCAAGAAGAACGUGCGUCCCGUGAUCCAGAAACUGCCCAUGAGCAAGGCCAACGAGGGCAUCAAGAUGGUGCGUGACGGCUCGGUGCGCUACCGUGUCGUGCUCGAGAACUAACUUGGUUAGUCCGUUCCAUGGCAUCAACGCCAUUUGCAUUCACUAUGUGCGUCGUUAGCAAAAAGAAAGCCAACAAACAACAACAGAAAAGCUAACAAUUAAUGAAAAACUAAAAUGAGACUUA